UUUCAGAGCAGCUGGAAUCCGACACAAUUUUAGAAUGAAAUUUUUAUCGAUUUAGGUUGAAACCCAUUUAAAGUCGAUUUAGAGUUCUUAUUGAAAAAAUCACCAAUAUGAACGAUUUUGGCGGAGCUGACCCGCCUGUGGAAAAGAUUGGUCAAGAAAAUUGGGACACGUUUGAUUGCUCGCCCGAUCCGCAUACACCAAGGAAAGCGAGUCUUUUAAGCGCGCCUGGGAGCCUCCAAACCCCGCAAAGAUCGAACAGUUUCCCGGUCGUGCAUCGAUUUACAGUCCACAACGGUGAUUCCAAUACACUACUGAAUGGUGGGGAAGCACCGAAACGGAGAGUAUCUGGGUAUUCGACAACAUCAACGGAAAAGGCAAAAGACAGAAAGCAAAGCAACCAGAGCACAAACGGUUAUGGCUCCCCAAAAUACCGCAAAGAGAGCACGAUGACGAACGACAGUCUUCCCACCUCAUCUUCCACAUACGGCCUUGUAUCGUCGUCCGAAAACAAAGAUAAGCGACUUAUCCCAAAACAAGGUAGCAAAUCCUUGGAACGUGAACAGUGGGGAAGAAAGUUGGAGUUUCUGCUUUCCGUAAUCGGGUUCGCUGUGGAUUUAGGAAACGUGUGGAGGUUCCCGUACAUUUGCUUUCGAAAUGGCGGAGGUGCGUUUUUGAUUCCUUACUUCCUGAUGAUUGUCUUCGGGGGGAUUCCCCUAUUCUAUCUCGAGCUGAUACUGGGUCAGUAUCACCGAACGGGGUGCAUUUCAAUAUGGGGGAAGAUUUGCCCGAUUUUCAAAGGUGUGGGGUACGCGAUUUGCUUGAUGGCACUCUAUGUGUCUAGUUACUACAACACAGUCAUAGGAUGGGCUGUGUAUUACUUAUACAGUUCAUUUGCAUAUGAGUUACCAUGGGCAACCUGCAACCAUUCAUGGACUGACAGUCGAUGUUUGGAUAAAAUAAACGCAGCUGCUCACAACCAGACGUGGACUAACGACACUCAGUCACCAGCGCAACAAUUCUUCGAUCGGCAUGUACUUGAGGUUUACAAAUCAACUGGGUUGGGAGAUCUUGGUCCACCAAGGUGGCAGAUUGUGCUGUGUUUGUUCGUGGUUUAUUUCAUUCUAUAUUUCUGCCUUUGGAAAGGAGUGAGGUCUUCUGGAAAGGUAGUUUGGGUGACAGCUACAUUCCCGUACAUCGUUCUAUUCAUCCUCCUCAUCAGAGGAGCGAUGCUUCCAGGAGCUUCCAUUGGCAUCAGUUAUUAUCUCAGUCCACAGUGGCAUCUACUUGCUAAACCAACUGUAUGGCUGGAAGCAGCAACUCAGGUCUUCUUCUCACUGGGUCCUGGGUUUGGCACACUCAUCGCAUUAUCAAGUUACAACAGAUUUGACAACAACUGUUACAGAGAUGCCUUCAUCACAAGUGUUGUAAACUGCCUUACAAGUUUCAUGGCUGGGUUCGUUGUAUUCUCAGUACUUGGCUACAUGGCUCAUUUAUUGAAUAAAACUGACAUAGAAGAAGUUACCACACCAGGAGUUGGUUUAUUAUUCGUUGUAUACGGACAAGCACUCACAACUUUUAGCGGAUCGGUUUUCUUCUCCAUAAUCUUCUUCCUGAUGAUCAUAACACUUGGACUUGAUAGCUCGUUUGGUGGGUUAGAAGCGGUCAUUACUGGGUUUUCUGACGAGUAUCCAGAAACGAUUGGAAAACAUCGGGAGAAAUUUGUUCUUGGGCUUCUUUCUGUCAGUUUUUUACUUGCCUUAGCUACUACUACUCAAGGGGGAGUCUACCUGAUGACAUUGCUAGAGGUCUAUGCUACAGGUCCUGCUAUUAUGACUGUUGUAUUAUUGGAAUCAAUAUCUGUCACCUGGUUUUAUGGUAUAAAUAGAUUGUGUGAAGACAUCAAAGCAAUGCUUGGAUUUGGACCUGGUAUUUUCUGGCGAGUUUGCUGGACUGUGAUAAGCCCCUUGUUUGUUUCGUUCAUGAUCGUGAUGAGUUUUAUUUUCACAUCAAAUCUCCAAUAUGGGGAUUACAUCUUUCCUAAUUGGUCAACAUGGAUAGGCUGGGCAAUCACUCUUUCUUCCAUCACUAUAGUUCCAGUGUAUGCUCUCUACAAAUUCAUUUUUGAGCCAGGUUCUCCACAGCAGCGCUGCUUCUCAUUACUAAGACCAGAAGUUGGAGGUCAAGCCCAGCCUCGAGAAUCUCUUGCUAUGACAUCAGUUCCAGCCUAGUGAUGUCAUAAUACAUGUUGUAGAUCACUACAUGAGGCGUAUUAAUUACAAAACCUCAAAAGCCUAGAUUCUUACACAAGCCAAGAAAUUGUCAACUUUUAAUUCAAUAUUGCUGCCAAAGCUGUUACAACGCCAAUUUUACACAAGCUGUAAAUUCAAUUGUUUUUCUUUGGAAGUUGUUAAAGUUCUUAAAAUAUGAAGCAAUCUGUACAGAAACUUUGUGUUCAUGUAUAUACGACUGGUGCUCUUUAUAUUUGUCUUUGUUUAAAGUUCGUCAUUUUUACUAACGACUGAUUUUUGAAAGAUUCUCUUUUUGAAGCUUGCUGGUUAAUGAAGCUGUGUAAAAUAUUUCAUGCCAUAUUAUACGAGAAUAAAAACUCAAUUUGAAUAUUAGA